UGGAGGUCCGCAGGUUGAACACCACUGCCAUAGACUAAUAUGGCGGCGCUAAAUGUGGGUGGGGUAAUGGUGUAGGUAAAUACGGGUGAAACUCGAAAAAACUGAAAAUCGUGCAAAAAGUCCAUUGCAUUUCAUUAAAGGGCAAGUCUCAUGCUCAAAAACGUAUCCCCUAUCCAAAGUAUAAGGUAGAAGUUUUAGAUUGCGGGGGUCCGACCGCUGGGGGCCCCCCUGCGAUCUCCUGUUUGGAGUCCCGGUGGGCUAGUAUUGGAGCGCGUCACGCCCCCUGCACGAAGCGGAGGCUGCCACGGCCCCUCCAUAUAGUUCUAUGGAAGAGCUGAAGAUUGCCGAACGGCCCUCCCAUAGAAGUAUAUGUAUAAAAGAGAGACCAACGGGCGGCGCCUCGUGUGUUACCCCAAAAUAUAUGUAGGAGGUGGGGGGAAUGUGGGGAUGACCCCGCGGGGCUUAUAGAUGGCCGCUCACCUCAAGACGGUAGUUGUAGGCAUAUAACCCCAACAAAUGGGGUACCAUUAAUCCUAGAGACGCUGUCAAGCCAGUGGGUUGCAGGAGUCGACCCAAGUCGUCCUGUGGAUAUGUGAGUAGAAGGUGCGGCAAAAAAGAACCCUUGAAACCGGCGCUGCGACUAUUAGGAGUGGUAGUGCUGAAAUCCAGGUGGUAGAGGAAGCAAUGAUGAAGUCCAUGUUAUGGUGAUGUCUCAAGACCCCCAAUGCCAUAAUGAAUCACAGAAUCCCCCAGGCCCAGGUACCAGUUCUGCUGCCCCUGACUCCAGAGUCUAUUCUUUCCAUGGCGACCUGGUGAAGAUCCCUGAAUGGAAUACUAGCAAGGUCAGGGUCAAGAGGCGAAAAAAAAAGAAAGAAUUAGACAGCACAAAAUUUAAGUCACACAAUGAAAUUUUCAAGAAGACGUUUCCCCGGGGAUUCCCACAGAGGAACAACAUGGUUGGUAGAACGAUUCCUCGGUCUGGAGGUAAUGACGCGUGUAACCCGAUGCAAGUGUUCAUAACCGAAAACCGUCUGACCCAGCACCAAGGGAUCUUCAAUCGAGAAGUCAGAUCUAUUGACAUUGGGAGACUCGUAAACCAGGAGGUGGACACAGCGAAGACUGGCACUUCCCUCUGCGCAACAGAGUCAGUCAGAGACACACCACAAAGCCAGAGGAGCCUCAGCCUAGGCCUUAUUCCUACACCAGAGUUAAAAAAUCAAGAAGUACAUGUCCCCGAAAAAGAGCAUUCACCAGCAAUACCAGCUGCUACUUCUGAUCCUGCCCUAUGCGACCAACAAGAGAAAGAAUCAGAAAAGUGCCCGUCUUGCCCUCCGAGUGAUGACCGUGUUAAUCCAGGUAGUGGAGCCGCAACGUCUCCAUGUAGAAAUCAACCCGUACCCAUUCUGGAGACAGCCGAAAGCAUUGUCAACAUACUGAGUACACACUCGCUUUUUCCCGGCCGCAACCUGAUAAAUGAAGCCCGUCAAGCCAUACUUGAGAAAGAGAGGAACCUACGUGAUACAAAAACGACUCCUUCUGCUGUGGCUGUACAAAAAAAGCUGGAGUAUAACCGCACAGGAGGAGGAGUUAAUCUCAGGGGUGCUGUCAUGGAAACUUCCAGAAAAGGAAUUAUCGGUAACGUUGAUCUGUAUAAAGAUCAAGAAGGGGAAUGUGUUGGCAAAGGGAGAACUGACAUCAGGAGAACAGUCCCAAGACCCCAUAGAGCAAUGCAGCCGAUACAGACAUCCCCCAUCCGGUUUCUUUCAAUUCCCAAGGACAGUCCGCCCCACACACUCAUAAAGAUGCCAGGCCGAGAAGAUCACCUGAAACUCAAGGAUAAUUUUCCCAUCCAUUAUGGAUCUGAUUGUAACCCUUCAUACCAGGACCAGCAAAUAUCAUCUCAAAGCCCUCACAGUCUGCUGUAUAUUAAUUCUUCAAGCAAUGAUUCUAGGCUAGGACAACAAGACAUAAAUACAUCAAGUUUCCAUAGAAUAAGGAGAGCUAGGCCGAUGGUCAGUCCACCGAUGAAUGCCCGUAGCCCUCAGGUUAGAUGGAGAUUGGCAGAUGACAUUUUGACAGAUUUGUCAUAUACACAUAACAGUCCAUCAGGCAGUAUCAGACAUACCCUCACUUCACAGGUUACUAACCAGGAAUGUGUAUGUAAAACACCCUUAGAAGACAUCUUCUCAAAGGCGCCUAAUCCGCCAAAAUUAAGCAUAAAGCCGCAAUUUUCACAUGAAAAAACACAUUCAGAUGUCUUCUGGGGCAGCAGAGAUCAGAGAUCGCCCACUACCAACAUCCAUGAUAUUUCUCCGGCAUCGCUCAGGUGGUCUUACAGACCACAAAGCCCACCUAGGAUGUAUACAGCAAGAAACUUCAGAAGUCAACAAAUGCCGGUCACUGGUACUCGUGGCUCCCAAGGUGUUUUCCUUCCUGAUUCAUUUAGGGAAUCGGGGAGAGAAACAAAAAAACAUGUGUCCUCCUGGCAGGAAGCUGACAUAGGACAACAUUAUGGGAGGUGUGCAACCAAUACCAGGACAAAACAACAGCAUUUGCUUGAAUCUAGGUGUCAUAAUUGUUGGAACCCACAAUUCCUUCUACACGAAGAACCAAAGCACAGAGGGCACGUGGAAAAUGAUGGUGACAUACGAGUAAAGGACUGGCCACAUGUAGAGCGUUACAUGUCUGUAGCAUUGUCCCCACACUCAGUACAACAAGGACCCUCCUUUGUCCCUUGCCAACAUAGUAAAUCUUCAAAAAGGGCAAGUACUAAGUCAAGCCCGACUACCUGGAGGUACCCAAGAAUGAAGUUAUAUUAACUGUACCGGGCAUUGCCUAUACUCUGAUUAUACUGUGUGAUUAUUCCCCUUUGUAAUAAACACUUCAUAUUUCUUUA